AUGUGGAAGAAUUAUAAAAUUGCGAUGAAAGAAAAGCGAACAGGGAAUGGAAAUAAUGCCAAAAUUAAUGAUAUCCUUGAAAAGGAAGAAAUAGUUGUCCAACAUUUGAGUGCUGAAGUGAGUGGGAAGGCUCAAAAGUACUCUCGGAUGGGGCCUAGAGAAUUAGUGCGUUUCAAAUUCAAAGAAGUUACACCUGAAAACAUAAAAAGUGCCUGUUGCAGCCACUUCUUGCCAACGUUGACCGGAAGAAAACGCUGUGAUAUCCUUGCAGGCAAACAAGGCCCUUCUUGCAGGUCUGUUGACCAAAUCCCAGAAUUAUUUUGCUUCGAAUUGGAAACAUUAGUCUGGUCCAGAAAUCCAACAAUAGUGGAAUUCAAAGUUGAAAGCGAUCCAUUUGGGGCUGGUGGCUCUAGAAUUGCCUACAAGGCCACCAGUUUAUCGUCAUUGGAUGGUGUUCAGAACUGGGUGGUUAAAAAGUAUCUUAGAAGAGGUGUUGAUGUUAUCAAAACAACCAAUCAAAAGACAGGCGAACACACCAAGAAAGUGAUGCAGAUGCACAUGCUUGCAAGAAAUUUUGGAUUGAAACUCGAAGCUGAUUUGAGGAAAUUUGGAAAACUGGAAGAAUAUGGUCCAACCUUGCAAUACAAGAAGUUGAUCUUGGGCAAAUUAAAUGAUGAAUUUGUCACCCUUGAAGAGUUCAUCUCAGGUGAUUUCGAAAAACACAUCAAUAACAAUGGAAUAAUUUCUGAAUGUCUUUCAGAGCUAUGUCUAAAAGCACAAAGCCUUGCACAUUAUUCUUACUCAAAAUCUGAUGAGAAGUUGAUGGUCCUUGAUAUCCAGGGUUGUGGCUAUUCAAUGCUUGAUCCAGAAAUAGCUUCGAAAGAUCAUGUUGAUGGUCAGGAAUUUCUUUUUACAACAGGCAAUCUUGGCAGCAUGGCAAUAAAUUUUUUGGAAACACAUAAAUGCAAUGACUACUGCAAGCUACUAGAACUAAAGUCACUUAGUUAAAUGCAUGUAAUU